ACCUGGCAACCGCCUAUGUUUCUUGCAUAAAAAGAAACAUUUGCUUUCUCUUCUGUUGAGUCGCUGUAAGAGACUCUUCCAAAUAUGGUUCCACCAACAGCUAUGGUCUCUACUCCUAGCAGCCCUAAACUCGGCAAAACUUCUCCACUUCUGGCCGCUGGCGCCUUCUCAUCCGCUGCCGCUCUCCGGUCUAAGGAUUUGAUUUUAAAACGACACAGCAAUAUCAACUUGGGAUAUAAACAUUCGGUUGUUGCAUGCAACUCAAGUUUGCGGGUCAAUCUUAUGUUGUCAAGCAAUAUUGGUGCACAGGGUUUCUUGUCUUCUACAGGCACACAGUACAAACACCCUGCUGCUAUAUCAUCACAGUUUUUUGGUGAACAUGAAGGUGACUUGUGGCAUAAAACCCACCUCUCACCUACACGUCGGAGAUAUCCUUUCUCAGUCAGAGCAUAUAAGGAUGAUAUAUUCAAAUUUCGCUAUCCUGUGAUAACCCAGAAGCCAGAAUGGUGGUGGAGAACUUUGGCAGCUGUUCCUUAUUUAAUAGCUUUGCAGAUUUCAGACACAGGAUAUUUUCUCCAGCCCUUCCUAGAACAUUAUGAGACUUUUGAAAAUUUGGUUUAUUUUGUCCCGGGAGCCAUAAAAAGAUUACCUCCAUGGUUCACAAUGAUAUAUUGCUACAUUGGGUACAUUGCAAUUGUGAAGAAUAAAGAAUGCCCUCACUUCAUAAGGUUCCAUCUGAUGAUGGGGAUGUUAUUGGAAACUGCUUUGCAGUUAAUAUGGUAUACAAGCAAUUUUUUCCCACUCAUACACUAUAAUGGCAGGUUUGGUAUGCACUUUUGGGCUGGCAUUGGAAUCUUGUACAUCUUCGCCUUGUUGGAAUGUGUUAGGUGUGCUCUUGGUGGCAAGUAUGCUCACAUCCCUUUUGUUAGUGAUGCUGCAUAUAUACAUACUCUGUUUAAUAUUGGAAGUUUUCAGAGGCCGUUCUAGGAAGCGCAGUCGUGCCUAGUUCUCUUUCCAGAUUUCAAAUAGCAAGUUGCGGAGUUGAUUUUCAAAAGACAGAAGCGAUUUCUCUGGCUAUUUUGAGGUGUUUUAGAGGAUUAAAAGAUACAAGUUUGAUUCUGGAUUAUUCUUUCCUUUUUCUUGCUGGUAAAAAUGUUGUAUCAAAAACAAUUUUUUGGACUAUAUAUGAAUCCUUAUGGAAUGAUUUAGAUGUUUUUUUUAAA